UUGGCCAGCGAUUCCACUGAAAAACAGUGAGCGAUGGCACGGGGCAACAGAGAAGACUUGUCCGAGGGUUUGCUUGGUGGUGAUGGACAAGCCGUCUCCAUUGAAGAUCUCCAUCGACAGGCCACUCAAGUGCUUUCUGGCAUUGCUGUGGUCACGGUGUUGACCACUGGUGCACUGACGCUCCUUGUGCCAGAGCUCUUGGCUUCUGGCUUGUUGGCCUACACCAUCGGGCUUCGACAUGCCAUCGAUGCAGAUCAUAUUGCGGCCAUUGACAACAUCACCAAAAGGCUGACGACCCUGAACAAACGCUCGGCGAUGGCGGGCUUUUUCUUUGCUUUGGGGCAUUCCACAGUGGUGCUCAUUAUGUGUGGCUUCGUGGCUGUAGGCCGAGAGAAGGCCAUGGACCAUUUGACGCAUCCUGAUCGGCAAGAGUCCAUGACGAAGACUGGAACCGUUCUCGGAGGACUCUUCUCUGCCUGCUUUCUUUUGGGUGUGGGUGUGCUCAACACCUGCACCAUGAGAGAGUUGCUGCAAGCCUGGAAGGAACAGGCCAGAUAUGGAGAACAUGAACACGCCGUGGCGGGGCUAUGUAUGACCUGCUGCCCCAGCUUGUUCACGGGUAUUACCUCUUCUUGGCAGAUGUAUCCCGUGGGCUUCCUCUUCGGCCUGAGCUUUGAUACCUCCAGCGAAAUCGCACUUUUGGCCAUGGUCGGGCUUUCAGGCGACUUGCCCCACCCGGCAUAUGUCAUGAUCCUCCCCUUCAUGUUUUUGACUGGAAUGUGCUUGAUCGAUACCUUGAACGGCCUUUUCAUGGCUUGGCUCUAUGGCAAAUCCUCCAGCACUAUGCAGCGCUUGUACUUCAAUAUUGUCCUCACCGGGGCGACUGCAGCGAUUGCCCUCUUCAUCGGGGCUUUGGAGCUCUUGAGCGUGGUCGCCACCGCUGAAGAUUUGCAUGGUGGGCUUUGGGCCUAUGUCCAGCUCUUGAAUGACGAUUUUGAGGUCUUAGGCCUUUGCAUUGUGAUCUUCUUCAUGUCCUGUGCAGCACUGGCCAUUGGCUGCUACCGACGACUCUUUCCCGAGGACCGUUCUGGGGCCGUCCGCGAAGAUCUCAUGAAGUACAUCGAGCGUGGAGAAUUCAUUGAUCGGUCGGGCAUUUGACAUGGCCGUGUUGGAUGAUGUUGGAUGCCUCAGACUUGGAGCAGAACCGUUUGCUGCAAC